CAGUGGUCAGUGGUCUUUCCACAACAGACAAAGCAGGCAGUUGCUACUUUCAUCAUGACCGACUCUCCCAUGAUGCCUCGCAGCGUGGCAGCCAGCUGACGAGAACCGGGGUGGAAGUGUCGUUCGUGGACCUGUAGUCUAAAUUCAUUUACAUUUUUAACCGUAAAUUGUUAACUUUCUGGUGGUACCCUUGGUGAAAUAAAGGUCUGCAGUCAUGGCGUGUUUUAUAUGAAGUGAGGCACAUUUUAUUGGAAUGGAACCUUUGGACCACUCGAAAGCGAUGCAUUUGCAGGACCCCUAUAAUCUGGGGUUGGACCUCAACUCGAAUUUCAAAAAGAGCCACAUCCGUUCAAAAUCCAAAAAGGCUUUGGCAAAGACGCCUGCAUGGCGUGAUGUUGGCUCACUUGACCAAAGUCCAAUGAGUUUUUCAGGUGUAUCAGCCGAGCAGCGUAUUUCCCAGUGUCAUCCAGAAAUACCUGUGCAGAAUGUUUACUCAGAAGAGCCCACACGCAGAUCGCCAUAUUGUGCAAGUCCUCAUUUCAUCUCCCACCAAAGCAGGUUCAAUGGCCAUCCACCGGCUUCUUCCCCACACUACAGUUGCAGCCAAGGUGUAGUGAAGAAAAGAGAUGGUAGUGACUACAGUCCAGUCAACACGGCUCACGUAAUGCAAGUACCGUCACCUAUAUCUCAGAGGAUUGACCUUCGAAACGGGCAUAGAGGUUAUUCACCUAUGCAGCAGUUUGAUAGGAAAACAGUGGUAUCCUCCACGGACAGUAAAAAAUGCCAGGCAACUGCAUUCAAUGUGACCAAAUUUGCAUCACAUCAGGGCUACAAGGCGUCUGUUGAGAGCAGCGUCGGUGGAGCCAUCGCCUCACUGUGUAGUCAGGCCGCAGCUCGUAGUUCUGGAAAGGUCAUCACCGAAAUCAGACCUGUUUCCUCCCCAGAAGCUGUUGGCAGUGACAGUAGUGACGUCAUCGAGGUGCCUUUGACCAACUGCGUAAAGAAUACCACCCAAAGUCCUCAUCAUCAUAACAACAGCCAACAGGUUUCAGUCUGUGAUGUGUACCGCAACAGGGGACAGACCCAUCACACCCACCCCCCGAAUGCACGUAGCACUGGCUCCUCAGGGGAAAGCGAGGAGGAGGCCAUCUGCAUUCCAACAAGCGACUACUCUACCUCAAGUGCCGUGGCUUCCCACUACGUGAAAGCAGUGUCCAGAAGCCAUGCCUCCCUCCUCGGAGAGGCCUCUGGGGAUAUGCGUAGGGCUACAGAAGCGUACAGACAAUUGAGACCAAAGCAGGAGCCAACACAGCAGCUGAUCACCAGCCCCUCGUUUGGUGGUAGUCGACCCGAGGGCUCGCCUCCUGGCAAAGUCGCAUCCGAUGCCAUCCCUCCCGCCAAGCGGAGGCGGAAAAAACCACGCCGCCAGCGCCCAGGAGCCUCCUCUGGCCCACCGUGUCUGUUCCCCCCGCAGGAGCCAGAAAUCAAGCUGAAGUUCGCCAGCCAGGGCCAGAAGGAGGAGAGGAGAGACAGGGACAGCUUCUGCCCGUACGUGCGCAUGGAGGACCCGCGUCAGGAGUUUCCACUUUGCACCGUGGUCAACUGCCAGGAGGAGGACGAGGCCGUGCAGCAGAGGGGGAAGAAGAAGAAGAAGAAGGGCCAGGACACCACCUCCUCUUCCUCCUGUCAACUGGCUCAGGCCUCGGGGGCCAUGCCCAGCACCUCCUGCCUCCGCUUGGGCCGCCUGAGUGCGGAGAGCCGGGGGAGGCCCACACAGACCUGCUCCCUAUGUGGCUGGCCCGGCAACAGCAUGGGCAUGGGGGACCUGCAUGGUCCCUACGUCCCCGCUGAACACACGGCGACAACCUCCAAGUACACUACGGGUGGCCCGCUGGAGCAGAACCUGAGGGGGCAUCCCUGGGAGCUGGCAGCAAACGUGAACAGAACUGCGGCUGCUCCUGCAGGUUCCUCCUCCUUCCACAGUUCGCCAGGGAACCCCGGCAAGAGGGCGUGCAUAGACUGGACCCUGGAGUCGGCCAACAAGGAUCCAAGCGAGCGCUGGAUACACGAGGACUGCAGCAUCUGGUCGGCAGGCAUCUUCUUGGUCAAAGGCAGGCUGUACGGGCUGGAGGAGGCCAUCAGGAUAGCUGAGGAAACGGAGUGCUCUUGCUGCUACAAGGUGGGAGCCACACUGGGCUGUGUGUUCAAAGGCUGCUGCAAUAAGUACCACUACACCUGCGCCCUGCAGACAGAUUGUCUACUGAGCGAGGAGAACUUUUCCAUGAGAUGUCCUAAGCACAAGAACAAGUCAUCCCGACUUGUCACCAGAUGACACGCAAGAGGAGCUGGCUGCCAGUGAAGGUUGGCCACCGUUGCUGCUGCUGCUGCUGCUGGCCUGGAUGUAAUCGGGUGUAAUGAUGUGAUGUGAUGAGGACCCUCACGCUGUGCCUACUACACUGCUGUCCACCUCCUGCAGGGCAUGCAACCUGCCUCACUGUUUACAUUACAUGUUCCAUGUUGUCUUUUAUUAUUUAAAAAUGCUCUUUUUUAUUGUAUUGUAUUUAAAAGAUGGGGAGCUAUGUUUUUUGGGGAGAGGGGGGUAAGGGUCUAUUUUUACCUCUAUUGAUUUCUGGGUAGUUCAGUUGCUUAAAGAUUGUCCACUGGGGGCAUUAAUGAGUUGGUGGUACUCCAGCCUCGUGGCUAUUUCACCUGAAAAGGCUUGAAAGUUUACUAAGGGCCAUUUUCGACAGAUUUUGUGCCUGAUGUCCAACCUUUCUUUAUUUGUAAUUUAUUUUUUUGUAGUUUACAAAAAAAAGAAAUGUUUUAGAAUUUUUAGAUUUUUAUAUUUAUUGUUUCUGACCUGCAUUUCUUUUAAUAUUUGUAUUUAUUGAUUGAAAAUCAGUGUAUAGGGAUCACUGUAGAAUGGUCCCAUUUUAGAAACCUUCAAAAUGACAUUGGCAUUCCAAGCACUGUUCAUCUUACUACAGGUAUACUGCACUUGUGUUCUGACAAGAGGCCUGAUGGGCAUACACUGCACUCUGCUUAAAAGGAUAGGCAAGUAUCCACAAAGACCACACUUACUUUGGCCAAAAUGGAUCAUACCUUUGUUCCUACUCUUAAUGAUGAUACAAAUUGUGGUUUGUGAACUGCUGCAGCAGUGAUUGUUUUUUUUCCCUUUUCUCCUUUGUGAAUCCAUGCUUACUCUGAAAUAUCAUCCCUGCAAAAUGUUGACAUUUGCUUUAAUUUCCCUUGUCUACCUGCGGCAGUUUCCUCUUUCAGUUCUUGCAUAACAUGCCAGUGAAUGUCUCAGAUCUCCUCUUGUAUCGCAUUGCAGGGUUAGUUUGGUUUCAAUAAAUUGCUUUUCUGCUUUGCA